AUGAAAUUAAAGGUUAAAAUACCGAAAGAAGAAUUAAGAAAAGUUGAAGAAAAACUAAAUGAUGGUAUUGAAAUAGAAUUCUAUGAUGAAAAUAAUAUGAGAUUAAAGAAUUGGGUUAUAACAUGUGAAAUAAUUACAGAGAAAUUAUUUAAUGAAGAGAAAAUUGAACUUGAUGAAGUAAUAAUAAAAGAAAGUGAUGAUAGUUCAGAGAAUAGAAGUGUUAAUGAUGAUUCAGAAUUUAAUACAGAAAAAGAUGAGAAUGACGAAAAUAAUGAUAACGACAAUAUAGUAAUAAAUGAAAAUAAUGAAAAUAAUGAAAUAAAUGAUGAAAUACAAAAGAAUGAGACUGAUAAUAAUGAAGAAAAUGAAGAAAUAGUUAAAUCAGAAAAUUAUCAAAUCUUAAUAAAUAGAUUAAAACAUAAAAGAGAAGAUAUUGAUGAAGAAAUGUUAGAAAAGGGAAAUGAAGGAUUAUCAUUAUUACAAUUAUGUCAUAAAAUAAGAAGGAAUAAUCUGAUGUUAUUGGAAAUACAUUAUUAUUUAGGAAAAAGGUUUGAAGAGAGAUUAGAACGAGAAAUUAAUAAACGGAAAAGGAAAAGUAGAAAAAGGAAAACAGAUAAAGAGGAACGAGAAAAGAUAUAUAAGGAAAUGAUAGAAACAGGUGUAAAGAGAACAAAGAAGGGAUUAAAAAGAAUGAUGGAAAAAGCAGAAAAAGUUUGUUUAUUAGUUGACAAGAUAGAGAAGAAAAGAGUAUUUGAAAGUAGUUGUGAUAUUACAUCAGUAGAUAACUGUACUAAGAAAGAAAUAGUGGAGAUAACAGAAUAUUUCACCAGUGUAUAA